GUUAAAGUCAUGUAAACUAAUAAGAAGCUACUAAGUUGAGAGGAAGGACUGGGUUUAUUAUACUGUGUAUGUGUGUGUGUCUCCAGUGUUACUGGUUUACCUCUCAGACUCCAGAAGAUGAAGGAUUUGAAGGAAGAGGAAGACGGAGCAGAGUCUCUGAUAUCCAGCUGUCUGUCUAUGAAGAGUAACCGGUCUAAAGAAGAACCUCCAUAUUUAAUAACUGAACCUGGACCCUCAGACACAAAACAGAGAGCAGAGUCUCUGAUAUCCAGCUGUCUGUCUAUGAAGAGUGACCAGUCCAAAGAACCUCCUCUAACCUUCAGUAAUGCACCUGGACCCUCAGACACAAAAAAGCGGAAGAGGAGUGUUUCUGUGGAGGAGCAGCUGUCCUGCUGCUCUUUGUGUCAGGACAUCCUGAAGGAUCCAGUCUCUACCGGCUGUGAACACUGGUUCUGCAGACAGUGCAUCACCUCAUACUGGGACCAGUCUACUUCAUCAGAUGACUCCUCCUGUCCCCAGUGUGGAAAAAGAUCCAGAACAAGACCUGGACUGCAGACAGACAGUCAGACCAGCACUGUGCAAACAGAAAGUGGUCUGCAAGAGAUUUUAGAUGAAUACAAGAUUGGUCUGAGAAGGAGAUAUGAAUGUGUGACUGAAGGAAUUGAUGAAAUAGGAAGUGAAAUCAUCCUCAACCGGAUCUACACUGAGCUCUACAUCACAGAGGGACAAAGUGAAGACGUUAAUACCCAGCAUGAGAUGUGGCAGCUUGAGGCAGCUUCCAAGAUGAAGAUCCUUCAUGACACUCCAAUCAGGUGUCAUGACAUCUUUAAAGUCUUACCUGACCAAGAGAAACACAUCAGAGUCGUUGUGACAAACGGUGUUGCUGGCAUUGGAAAAACCUUCUCAGUGCAGAAGUUCACUCUGGACUGGGCAGAGGGCUCAGAAAACCAAGAUGUCAGUCUGGUGAUUCCGCUUUCGUUCAGGGAGCUGAACUUGAUCAGAGAUGAGCAGUACAGUCUCCUCAUGCUGAUCCAUGAAUUCCAUCCAACAUUACAGAAGGUCACAGAAGAGAAGCUCGCUGUCUGGAAAGUUCUGUUCAUCUUUGAUGGCCUGGAUGAAAGCAGACCUUCACUGGAUUUCAAGAACAAUGAGGUUGUGUCUGAUGUCACACAGAAGUCAUCGGUCAACGUGCUGUUUACAAACCUCAUUGAGGGGAAUCUGCUUCCCUCGGCUCACAUCUGGAUAACAUCCCGACCUGCAGCAGCCAAUCAGAUCCCCCCUACAUGUGUUGACAGGGUAACAGAAGUACGAGGCUUCACUGACGCUCAGAAGGAGGAGUACUUCAGGAGGAGACUCAGUGAUAAAGAGCUGUCCGGCAGAAUCAUUUCACACAUCAAGACAUCGAGGAGCCUCCACAUCAUGUGUCGCAUCCCAGUCUUCUGCUGGAUCAUUGCUACAGUUCUGGAACACAUGUUGACUACAGACCAGAGAGGAGAGCUGCCCAAGACCCUGACUGACCUGUACUCACACUUCCUGAUGGUUCAGACAAAGAGGAAGAGGCACAAGUAUGAUGAGGGGCAUGGGACAAGUCCACAAGAGCUGACGGAGGCUGACAGUGAAGUUCUUCUGAAGCUGGGGAGGCUGGCAUUUGAACAUCUGGAGAAAGGAAACAUCAUGUUCUACCAAGAAGACCUGGAGCAGUGUGGUCUUGAUGUCACAGAGGCCUCAGUGUUAUCAGGAGUUUGUACAGAGAUCUUCAAAAGAGAGAGUGUGAUCUUCAAGAAAACACUCUACUGCUUUGUUCAUAUGAGCAUUCAGGAGUUUCUGGCUGCAGUCUACAUGUACCACUGUUACACCAACAGCAACACAGAGGUACUGAAGGACUUCCUGGGAAAAAAACACAGUGACUCAUCUCAGUAUGAGUCGUCUCAGGAUGAGUCAUUGGAAGAUGUGGAUGAUGAUGAUGAUGAUGAUGAUGAUGAUGAUGAUGAUGACGACGACGACGAUGACAGAGACGAUGACCAUUACUCAUCUAUGGAUGACGUCCUGGAUGAUGUGGCUGAUGAUGAUGAUGAUGAUGAUGAUGAUAAUAAUGAUGAUGAUGAUGAUAACACAGACGAUGAUAACACAGACGAUGACCAUUACUCAUCUCUUGAUGACUUCCUGAUGGCAGCCAUGGAGAAAUCUCUCAAAAGUGAAAAUGGCCACCUGGACCUGUUUGUUCGCUUCCUUCAUGGCCUCUCUCUGGAGUCCAACCAGAGUCUCUUUGGAGGCCUGCUGAGUCAGACAGAGAACAGUCCAGAAAUCAUCCAGGGAACCAUCAACAGGCUGAAGGACAUGAACACUAAGGAUGAUUAUGAUGAUGAUGAUUUUAUCUCUCCUGACAGAAGCAUCGACAUCUUCCACUGUCUGAUGGAGAUGAACGACCACUCAGUACAUCAGGAGAUCCUACAGUUCCUGAAGUCAGAGAACAGAUCAGAGAAGGAACUCUCUCUGAUCCACUGCUCAGGUCUGGCCUACAUGCUGCAGAUGUCAGAGGAGGUUCUGGAUGAGUUGGACCUGAAGAAGUACAACACAUCACUGGAGGGGCGACUGAGACUGCUCCCAGCGGUGAGGAACUGCAGAAAGGCUCAACUUUCUGACUCUGGACUCAUAGAGACUCACUGUGAAAUUGUGGCCGCAGCUCUGAAGUCCAAUCCCUCCCAUUUGAGAGAGCUGGAUCUGAGUGAAAACGCCAUGGCUGAUUCAGAAGCGAAGCUUCUGUCUGCUGGACUGGAGAGUCCAAACUGUAGAUUGGAGACUCUGAGUUUUAGGGACUGUAGUUUAUCAGAGAUCAGCUAUGCUUCUCUGGUCUCAGCUCUGAAGUCCAACCCCUCCCAUCUGAGAGAGCUGGAUCUGAGUGACAACAAGCUGCAGGAUUCAAGACUGAAGCUGUUGUGUGAUUUUCUGGAGAGUCCACACUGUAGACUGGAGACUCUGAGAUUGAAUCGCUGCAAUUUGUCAGAGAUCUGCUGUGCUUCUCUGGCCUCAGCUCUGAAGUCCAACCCCUCCCAUCUGAGAGAGCUGGAGCUGAGUGGAAACAAGCUGCAGGAUUCAAGACUGAAGCUGUUGUGUGAUUUUCUGGAGAGUCCACACUGUAGACUGGAGACUCUGGGAUUGAGGGACUGCAGUUUGUCAGAGAUCAGCUUUGCUACUCUGGUCUCAGCUCUGAAGUCCAACCCCUCCCAUCUCAGAGAGCUGGAUCUCAGUCUCAAUGAGCUGCAGGAUUCAAGAUUGAAGCUGCUGCAUGAUUUUCUGGAGAGUCCACACUGUAGACUGGAGACUCUGAGAUUGAGGGACUGCAGUUUGUCAGAGAUCAGCUGUGCUUAUCUAGCCUCAGCUCUGAAGUCCAACCCCUCCCAUCUGAGAGAGCUAGAGCUGAGUGGAAACAAGCUGCAGGUUUCAGGAUUGAAGCUGUUGUGUGAUUUUCUGGAGAGUCCACACUGUGGACUGGAGACUCUGGGAUUGAAGUACUGCAGUUUGUCAGAGAUCAGCUGUGCUUCUCUGGCCUCAGCUCUGAAGUCCAACCCCUCCCAUCUGAGAGAGCUGGAGCUAAGUGACAACAAUCUUCAGGAGUCAGACGUGCAGCUGCUGUCUGAUCUUAAGGAGAGUCCACAAUGUAGACUGGAGACUCUAAGAUGGGAGUCUCUGUAAGAGUGUGAGUGAACAUCCAGGAGUGUGUGUUGAGAGAGGAUCAGCUGUAUCCUGAUGAUCCUCCAUCUGGACCGGAGUCUGGAUCUGGAUUUUGUCAUCUUCACUCAAGUCUCUUGACUGACUACAAACUGAGCAGUUAACUUUGGAUUUUGUUGAAGUCAGCACUUUACAGAUUUGUUAUACAUGAGCCGUUUGAUGCAGAAAAGAUUAACAAAAAAACAGGUGUUAUAAGUCAGACUCUGACCCUGAGCCCAUAUUUAUCAAACGUCUCAGAAUCACACUGCGAGUUAACAAGGACUCAAACUAAUUUAUUAAGCAGAAGAGAAUUUACUCUGACUUUCAGCAGGAGAAGGAUUACUCCUGGAAGAGAGUGAGAUGUCACUGUUUUACCACAGUCAGAGCAGCAAAGUAGAAGUAAUGACAACGUGUUGUAGCUUUCUCACAGUCUCAGCUAAAAAUAUUUAACAGUGGUAAUUUGGUAUAUUAUGUUUAUAGGCAGGUAACCAGGCAGGUAACUUACCAAGGUUAUGUAACAAAACUAUGAUGCUAAAAUUCAUUAUAAGAUGAUAUUUACAAACUGUAAAGAAAGCCUCAGAAAAAAAUGUAGCCUAUACGUUAAUUAAGAUAACAGGUCAUUUGACUCAGUUGUGUGAAAUGAUCUUGGUUCAGCCACAUGGUUUCACAGCCUGUAAUAGUGCUGCAUCUUGCACAUAUUGCACAGACACAUGUUGCAAACCCUCUCCAUGAAGAACAUCUUCUCUUCCACUGUCCAAUUCCUCUUUCAACUACACCCCAAGUUAACUUAUGUCCUCUACAUGAAGGUAAAUACACCUUAACCCAAUAGAAACAUAUAUUGUUAAGGUGUAUCCUCCUCUCUCAAAUAUCAGGCUGUAGCUCUGCUGUUAUUUGAAGUAGCCUAAAUAAAAAAUAAGCCUAUAAAAUGUUUGACCUGUUGUAAUGAAGUUGAGAUAUCCUUUAUUAUGCAGCUGACAUGAUUAUUUUCAAAUAAAAGUUUUAGUGGGCUGUAACUGAGGACCCUUGUCAUGCUCUUUAUCUUCACGAUGUGCAUUAAGCCAGAUCAAAGUGUCAUUCAUGACUUCUGGUUCUGUUGGUUCUAACAGAAUCAUCACUGUUGCACAGCUGCAUUUUCCCCGUUACGAUAAAGUGUAACAUUGUGAGGACGUUCUGUAUUUAUUUAAAUGAUGUUCUGUAGAAACAUUAUGUCUUCUCCUCUGCAUCACACACAAAGUCAGUCUCACAAAUUAUUUUGAUUUUGUCCAAACAAUCUUUUUGUAAGCUCAGUGUCAUCAAGCAUUCCUAAAACAUCUCUCCUCUCAGGGAAUAUCUCUGCCUGAACUCCACCUCCUGCAGCUCCUUAAUAUUGACAGAGAUAGGAAUCAUUUACAAGUUUGGAAAGUUGAUAAAAUGCUUUUUCUCCUGAAAGUAAGACCAGGACUAUGCAUCACUCUGAUUAUUUUUGGCCAGUUUGGAGUAAUUUCCUGCUCUGAGAUGCUUAAUAAAUACAGGCCCAGAUGUGACAGAUGUGACAGAUUGGAUGUCCACAAAUUUCACUGUUUAAAUUCUGAAAGAAUUUAUCAUUGGUCCAGAAAACCUGCAUGCAGGCCAUUAAAACAUAUUAAAAUAAUAUAUAUAAGACUAGCACAGAACACUGCUGCUGAGUUUGAACUAAAACCAGGAAAAGAGAUCAUAUAACUCCAUUUCUAUCAUCACUUCACUGGUUACCUGUUUGUUUUAUGAUUUAUUGGAAAUAUUUGAUUUAUUACUUUUAAAAGCUCUUCAUGGCUCCAGAUUACAUAUCAGAGUUGCUCUGUGUGUAAAUAUUAAAGGUAUCUAGCUUAUAAUUACAAAAACAUCAUGUCAAAAUUAAUAGUUUAUAUCUCAUAUCUCCAGCAUCUCCAGCUAAACCUCUUGUUGACUUAUGUGUCCUUACAACUCUUUUAAAUAUAUCUCUGCCAUCAGCAGUUUAAUACUAAUGAAUCAUUAAAUAAAUGAAGCCACAUUUUGCAUGAAUGCAGCUUGUUUUUCUAUAACUUGACACUGAGUGGUGGGAAAUGAAUUAGUGCUGAUUAUCAGCACAGAUAAAUAUGGGUCCUAGUCUUUGCUGUCAGGGCUCUGGAUCAACCUAUUUGAGGCGCUCCGUCUGAUAAGUAAUUAUCUUCCAUUAAAUCACUUCUUAAAACUCAUUUUUAUCCACUGAUCAUUUGAAUCUUAAGUCUGUUUUACUUGUUUAUUUUCUUCCUGUAUGUUUGUGUUAGUUUCGUGUAAAACAUUGUGUAA